UAUACGCAAGAGCUGCGCAAUGGCGCGAGCGGAACCGACGUCUGGCUGGGUUCUGCGCAACUUCAGUGCCCCCACCCCCGUCCCACGGUCUCCCACCACCGUGGCAGAUCCCGCGGGUGAGUUCCAGGAGCGACGGAGACUACGGCGGACGACGAAUCAAGCGCGGGCGUUAGAGGGGCGGGAGGGAGGAAGGGGAUAUAGGAGGGGAGCGGGAGGGGUAGGGCACCUGAAACCACCACGACUAUAUACCCCCCGUGUGCGUUUACCAAUCUUGGCACUUUGCCUGAAAGAGCAUAUCGACCGUACAGCGUUGUCACAUCGUCCGCGCGAUCUUACACGCCGGCUACUCUUUGAGCGGUAUGUACCUAGGCUCCUGCCACCAAACGGUCCAUGUCACACGACUCCGGUCGUACACUCUACUAUGCCUACCUAGAGAACGAAUGAGAAUCUAAGAAAACUGCGAUCGACACGUUCGCGCAUUCGAUGGAGAAUUCUUUUUAAGAUCAAUACCGUGACAUGUGACGUAGUCAUGUCGACAUUUGCGGCUUUUUGUCAUCCAUAAAAAUAGAGAGAUCUUUAGAUACCGCCUGUUCCUAGCAAAGAAGCGGAAACAACGAGUCCAGUUCGGAUUCUCUCUCUCUCUCUCCCUGAAAGAUUCAAUUCUGAGACAGACCGGUACGAUUUCUAAUCAAACGGCUGGAGCUAUUCCUAAGAAUCCUACUUCUCACGUAAACAUGACAAGAUGGACGCUCCACUUUCUCGAUUUUCUCUUCCAUCUUGUACUCGAGUGUACCGCGUACACGAAAAAAUGCUGUGCUAUUCGCACAUUUAAUUGAGUAUCGAACAGUCGUGAGAUGAAUAUACAUGUGGACGCGCUGAUCCUAUAUCGGGAAUUUAAUUUACUUAAACUUAUUUAAGGGAGAGAGAAGAUUCAUUGGCGAAGAUGCGUCUCGAUAGCAUUUAUUUGCGAUCCCACAGUCCAAUAUCUCAUCAGAAUUUACAGAUUCAUUAUCCGAUACGAAUCCACGAUCAAUACGAAUUUGACGAUUCUGUGUUACGUUUCAGGGAGGGAAGAAGGGGGGGAGGGGGAUUCCGCGACUAUUUACACUUGGAACUACGAGUCGGUCGAUUUUUCAGCGAUCAGUGGAUCCCCGCACCUUGGAACGAUGCCCUGCUAAUGUUAAGCAUUAAGCAGGCGUACACAGAUCGGAAAAGGAGCGAUUAUCCUGUACUCAUUCAUAUAUACAGGCUGCUCGCAGAACCGCCAUAACAACUAUGAACUCGUCGUAUCGACCGAUACCUGCCACAAUAGCCAAUGGCUCCUACAAUCAUGAAGGCAAGAUACAGCCGGAGAUCCACUAGACAUCUCCGUGCGGACACUUUCGGACACUUAGCGCGGGGGCCGAUGACACGUCCGUGCGGAGGCAUCGCGCGCGCGGUCACUGUCGAUCGCGUCCUCGAUUCUCCAGGCGAAGAGCCGCGCCGUAUUCCCGCGGAUAUUCCAAGAAUGCAAUCCAGCUACGUACCGCGGCGCCGCGACGACGUACCUAGACGCCGGUACAGUCCGCGCAAAGAGUCGGAGAGAUCGCGGCAGCACUCUCGACGGCUCGACACGGCCUGAAAUCGGAGCUUGAACAGAGCGGAGGAGGAGACCGCGCGCGCGCGCGGCACCAUAGUGCGACGGUGUCCUCGUUCGUGUGAGCGUCGGGAUUCUUGAGAAAGCUCCGACGGCCCGCGGAGCUACGCUCGGACAAGCGGCAUGCACGUAGUCGACGGUGAAGUACCCCGUCCUCCCCCUGUUUUACCUACACCCUCGGCGUAUCGAGCGCGGUAGUGGUGGCGACGACGCGCGGUGGAGGUGGCGGCGGCAGUAGUGAUGAGGAUCUUUCGCGCCACCUGGUAUAAUAGUGUCGGCGCACAAAGUGAAACGUCGUCGUCUUCAUCAUCGUCAUCAUCAUCGUCGUCAUCGUCAUCGUCCGGGGAAAGCGUGAAAAACCUGUGAAAACCGAGAGCGCAAAGGGAUAAAUUUCCCAUGCGGAUCGUACAUACGAUCGACCAUCCAUCGUCGUCGUCUCCGUCGUCGUCCUCAUCUUUCUGGCCUCUCUUUACGCCCGCAGUCGUGUAACAUGGAUCGCGCACCGUACCGUCGACGGUGCUUCUAGACGGACGGACGGACGGACGUGCUGCUGCUAUAACCUCAACGGGGAAGCAGUGUGUGUCGCUGCCGCCCAGCUACGCGUCGAGAUGUGAUUUCGCGCACUGGAUUCAAGAGGACCCUCUUCAUCGUCGAGGAUGAGGAACGGCUUCACGGAUAUACCAGUCGCGAGUGCGGACAGCAGCACGGACGCCAUAUGGCUCGAGAAGAGCAGUCCGUCGCGGACAGCAGCCGAGCGAGUGUCACUCAAUUUCGAUAAAGUCGUUGUGAAACAAGAACGUCAGGAAGAUGAAGCGGAGAUCUGUGAGCUGGCUGCCAAAAUGGUGGAAGCAAACAAGGCGAAAAUGUCGACUAUACAGGUGCAACAAGCGAGGCCGCAGUGUCUCGUGUCACAGCCUAAUCUACCCGGUAUCCUCGGAUACUUGAAUAAACGGCCGAACGAGACGUCCGUAUCGAAAGCUCCGGCCGACAGUCCAGACAGUAGAGUAGUACCACCGUUGGAUGACGAAAGCCACAGAGGACGCUUUGGCUGGACCAGUUUCGACGAGAAUCACAUACCCUAUAUAUAUCGCGUCACCGAAAAGUAUUGCGCCGUACGCAUCUUAGAAAAUAAGCUUCUCAACAAGUACCUGAGCUAUCUACACUCGGACAUCUAUAGCUGCACCUGUAUAAGGAGUUAUUACAUCACGGAGGCGGAAAGCAAGCUAUUCAACGAAAUCAACGGUAAGCACUGCGAGAAUCAGUUCGGUAGGGAACAGUUUACGUGCAAAGAUCUGGUGGUGCGUCUGAUAGACGCCAAGGAAUUUUAUAAGUUUCUCGACGUGUGCUACACGAAACUUACCGCCGGUACGAAUCCAAGUGUGACUAGCGGCCGUAAGGCGGAGAAAUGCGGUUUUAUACGGAUAAACAAAGAGUCGGUGGUUCCUUAUACGGUGAAGGACGGCUUGCAGUACGUUCCGCUGUUUUAUUUCGAGGGUGAGACUGAGAACCUCAAGUUGAAGGCGGAGAAGCUCGAGGGCUGGGAUCUGUCUUACUUGAAGUUCUGCUGCAAGGUACAGGGUAUACGUAACGAACUGUUUGCUAGUGAAACGUGCUCGGUGAUUAGUUUGAGUGAUAUUAAGAGUUACUUUCCGCCGGGCACCGGCUUCGAGGACUAUUGGCCGAGUAAAGUUAUGGACUCGCAGUUAUUAGUGAAUAGCAAUGGCGGUGGUAGCGGCGGUGGAUGGACAAAACAGCCGCCUACGCCGCCGGCGAGUAAGCCUACUUCCGUGCAAAAUAACGCGAGUAAAGUACCUCUGAGCGCGCGCGCCGCUCCAAUGCCUAAUAUAAUGCCGCGAGGAGCUGCGGCUGCACCGCAAAUACCGCGAAUAGGACAACCGAGGCCAGUGGCUACCACGCACCCUGCACAUUCUUCCCCAUCGGGACUUCCCUCCGGCAGGUCGAACAUGGUGUCGCAAUCUAUGCUGAAUACCGUUCAGGGUGUCGUUAAUGGCUGGACCGGGCUCGUUGGUGGCCAACCAGCCUUUCAGACGUCGCUCGUUUCCCAGGCAAACUCCAUCAUACGAAUGCCCAAUGCCUCUCUCAAUAUGCAUAACCAAAUGCCUGCUGCCUCUAAAACUUACUCCCAACAGUCUAGAAGUAGGGCAAGUAAUAAUGCGGCAGCAGCCCCAUAUCCUGGAGUCUACAAUCCAGUUACAACCAUGCAAAGUGUAGCCCAAGCUCAACCACCACCACCUCUUGUAAGAGCAACUGCUCAUACCAGCCAACCUAAUCUGGGUUAUCCCACCUAUGGGAAGGAUGACUGGGUGACUACUACAUAUAAUGCAACACCCACCUUAGGUGUACCUAAUGCAGUCACGGCAAGUACAUAUCCGCAGAUGCUUGGGUUGAGUGAACAAGUUCAAGCUUUGAUGCCAGUGCCUACAUCAGCACCAAAUUUAUUACACCAACAGCAGAGGCAUACACCUGUGCAUAGCACGUCUCUUAACAAGUUUCCACCUCCACUGAUACCAGUUAAUGGUAACAAUGGUAGCUCCAGGGAUUCCAGAGGUAGAAAGCCUUUAAUACAAAUAUCGGAGUCACAUGUAUCUGCCUGUCAUGUACAACCAUACCAGAUACAGAAAGCUCUUGUUGAAGAAAAAAUGGUACCCUGCAUUAACUUUAAACCUUACAUCUAUACCGAGUUGUUAAUGACUCUUCCCGACUUUAUCUCUCAAUACUUUCCUGCCUGUGACAUCAACAGUUGUAGACAAGUUCUUACAGAUGUUCUACAUAUAGAUUUAUAUCAAGGAAAUAGACUACAAAUGAAGAUGUUGAUGGAAGCAGGCAAGUGUUCUUCGCUAACCGAAGAACUACCUUUAAUACAAAUUAGGAGUGUCAUGAAAUAUAUGCCACAGUUCAAGUAUAUGUUCAACAGAGCAGAUAUGAUCAUGCCUGUGCCGGCACACUCUUCCGAAGAGCAUGCUGCCAAAAAGCGCCAACGCACCAGCUAGGAUUGGCUACAGCCUUACUGGCCUACUUACGAUUACUACCAUUCGGCAUUCUAAAAAAGCCGAUAAUGCUUCGACUCGCGUACGAUAAUAUCGAGUCUAACAAUAUUUGCGAGAUAGGCAAGGUGUUGUGGGGGAAAAUCUCGUGUUCUUGACGCGCAACAAAGUGCACACAACUAAAGGAAUAAAGUUUGUGUACAAGUGACAUAGUGCAAGCUAUUUCUUUCUCCAAAGUACAUCUAUCUACAUUGGGUAACUGUAAAUAAAAUUAAAGUGUGUAAAUUUAGAAUAUUACAGUCGACGAUUCAUUCAUUUAUGUAAAGCGAUCUACUUCAUUUCGCGACACCUGUUACGAUUGUCACAGGGCAUAAGUAGAUCCGAAACAAAACAUUCUUCUUUUCGAACCAGAUGUAUCCAUUCCACACAUAUUAACAUAUUACACGCACACAAAAACGAGCGAGCGUGCGCGCGCGCGUGCUCGCUCACAUACACGUUACUUUAUUUUCUACCUCUUUGCAACAGUGAAAUAAUUUUUUUCAGAUUGUAUAUUCCACGAUAUUCUCGUUGAAUAUACGUAUUGAAUAUAUGUAUCUUGUGUGUAUGAAAUAAUUUUGUUUGAGAGAAAUUUCGGAGAAAGAAAAUGCUGUAUUCAAUUUAUGAAUUGACAUGACGUGCUAUAUAGAGUUAUUCAAAAUGAAUGACCUAUUUUGCAUAUUGAAUGUAUCAAUACCAUGUAUCAAUACAAAAGUGAAAAGUGGAAGUAAAGUGGAAAAAUGAAGGUAAUGCUUCUUCAAGUUCCUAGCUAUUACUAGUACAUAUUCUGAUAACUAGCCGCAUGUUAAUUUAAAAAGUGUUUAAACCAAUAAUUCACUGAUGGUUUAUGCAAUAAGUUUAUGUGAGUUUUUAUACAAUUUUCAUGAAAUUUCUUUAAUAAAAUCGUUUUGUCACGUAAUCUCGAACAAUUUUCGUCUCAAUUGUUUGACAAAUGCACUAUGUAUAAAGAUGUGAUGGAACGUAUCAAAUGGAAUGAUAGCAUGAAAUAAAUGCCUAUCCUUUGUGAAAAGAUUGCAGUAAGCAAUAUCCUAUGGACUACAUUUGUAAUACAGAAUACACCAUAGAGUUUACAUUUGAUAUAAUUCAUAUAAAACCUAAAUAUUUUCGCACAGUGAUAUUUUCGGCAAAAGGAAAUAGAAUUGACGUCAUUUCAUGUGUUUGUAUUGUAACGUGCAUUUAUGAGUAAUAUUUUGCGAUGUUGCUGCUGCAUCUUCCUGAAUUACAGGGAAAAAUGUUUGUUCCAAAACGACUUACGGACGGCAAGCUUUCGGAAAUUUUGUUAACGCGACAUUUCGUGUUUAUAUUCAGAAAAUUUUUCACCCUCGUUGAGAAUCAGUAUCUUAUGAUGGGGUUGACGUGAACGUUUCGGCAAAUCGAACGAUGGAUUGCAUGCGUAAAAAUAAAAAAGAAGUGAAACAGUAUAAUACGCGUUGUGAAUUUAAAAGUUAUGUUAAAUAUGAACGCGCGCAUUGCGAAUAAAGUGAUAGCGAUAUUUGGCAGAAAUUUUGAUUAAACGGAUGUAGUUUGUGUCCCAGGAACUGUUAUGAUUCUUCCUAAAGCACCGACAUUAAAUGUGUGUUAUAACUAGACUUUACGUCUACCCCCUUCAUAGAUACGUUGAAUUUUCAUAUAUAGAAAAAUGUCCAAGGUACAACGCUUAUAUGUAGAGAAAACUAUUAAAUUAUACAAUUGUGUGCGUGACACGACAAAAAAAGUGCGACAGUGUUUAAGCAGUGAAAAUUUAAUUAACCUUCGAAGCCACAUAGAAUUGGUCUUCCACAUAUUGAUCUGCAAAUACGUCAGAAAUUGAAUUUUGGUUAUUUUGUAAUAAAUUAUAUUUCGAGAUGCCGACAUUUAUUGCGGUAUGUUGUCGAUGAUGUUUUUUAUUUCACAUUAAUAGAUCACAAGAUGCGAUAGUUCUUAUCGUUUCAAACAACGCAUAAGAUGCUAUUUUAACUCUUCUCGAUGUGAGAAAUGAAGAGACAGAAGUAAAUAAUUAUUAUCAACCGGCUACUUUCGUCACUCUCUCUCUCUCUCUCUCUCUCUCUCUCUCUCUCUCUCUCUCUCUCUCUCUCACUUUAGCAUAAGAAAACUCUGAGAAAAGUAUAGAUGGCAAGCAAGUGUAUAUAAACAAAUAAUUAUAACGACUGAUUCACGUUGGACAUCGUGAAUCUUCCAUGCAAAACAUAAAUUGUUUGGAUAUCCUAUUGUAGUGAAUAUGGUGUAUUUCUGAGUAAUAUCGAUGAGUAAUAUUUUGUCGUAUUACAAUUCGAAGCUCUUGCAUUACUAUUCGGAGAUUCGGCAAUGGACUGGUAAUCUAUUUUCUUUUAUUUUUACGAAUGAUUCAGGGAUUCGUAGGAAAAAUUCAAUAAGAAUAUAAAAAGAGGAAUAUAAUGAAAUAAUUUAUAGUUAUUCGGAUCCGGUCCAAACGUUAGAGAAUAUAAUUAUUUUUAAUAUAUUAGAUUAGUAUGUUUAUUUGUUAACAUCUGUUAUAAAAUAAUAUGUAUUAUACUUUAUCACGCUAUCGUUUGUACAUAUUUAAAGUAUAAGAAAUAGGAAUAUUGCAUAUUCC